AUGUCGAGUCGAGCAGGGCAUUGCCUGCGGCAGACUGCUCGCUACCCAGCCUUGCGCUGCGCACGGAGGCACGCAGGGAGACGGGUUGAGCUACCGCCUCCUCCGAGAGCCACUCCAGUCAACCGGCGACUAAGUGGAGCAGCAGCCGCGGCGGAGCCCGCCGCCGAGCCCUCCCCGCCACCGGCCGUGGUGUGGGAGGGGCCAAAGCUGGAGCAAAUCCCGCGCGGCUCCUUCUUCUCCUUCCUACGGGAGUACGGGCAGUGGGAGAGGGCGGCGGAGCAGCCGGCGCUGAGCUGCAGCACCACCGGCAGGACGCUAACCUUCCGAGACCUCGAACGGCGAGUUGCCAGCGCGGCGGCCGCCCUCGCGCGGGAGGGCUUUGGCGACGUCCUCAGCAUUCAUCUCCCAAAUUGCGAGCAGAAUGUGAUCGCGUUCCUCGCCGCCACGGAGCUCGGAGGCACCGUCACCCCCUCCAAUCCCGCCUACACUGCCGCCGAGCUUGCGCAGCAGCUCGAGACCGCGCGCGCAGUCGCGGUCCUGAGCACGACGUCGGUGCGCGAGACGGUGGACGCCGCCGCUCUCCAGGCGGGGGUGCGGCGCGUCAGCUACGUCGAGGAGCCGGACUGUUUUGCGAAUUCACUGUGCCCCGACGCGCUGCUGCCAGCCACACCAAUCGACGGGGCGCGAGACCUCGUCGCGCUUCCCUUCUCGAGCGGCACCACGGGCAAGCCCAAGGGCGUGAUGCUGAGCCACCGCAACCUCGGCGCCAACGUCCUGCAGUCCCUCUCGCACGAGGACCUGCGCCACGAUGUGCGCGCCGGCGACCGGCUCAUCGGCGUGCUUCCUCUGUAUCACAUCUACGGCAUGCUCAUCCUCGGCUUCAGCCUCGCCUCGCGCGCGCACCUCGUGCUGCUGCCAAAGUUCGAGCCGCUGCCCUUCCUCGAGGCAAUGCAGCGGCACCGCAUCACCGGCGCCUCCACGUGA